AAUGGGAGGGUGCGAGGGCAGCUCAGGCCCCGCCCCCUGUGCGCCUAUAAAGCCGAGGAACCAGAGCCGGCCACUCAGUGGUUUCUUGGUGACACUAGGCGGAACAACUCGAGCCUUGCCACCUCUGGUUUCUCACCGCAGCUGGGACGUUGGGGUUUUGCCAGUGCCAGAGCGACGUCUCAGACUUUCUUCUUCCAGAUCUUGGCAGAUCACCCCCUCAGCAGGGUCCGCGCAUCGCCGCCAGCAUGAAGCUGGUUCCCGUCGCCCUCAUGUACCUGGGCUCGCUCGCCUUCUUGGGCGCCGACACUGCACGGCUCGACGUGGCGUCAGAAUUCCGAAAGAAGUGGAAUAAGUGGGCUCUAAGUCGCGGGAAGAGGGAACUUCGAGCGUCCAGCAACUAUGCCACCGGGCUCACUGACGCUAAGGCCGGGCCUGCCCAGACUCUCAUUCGGCCCCAGGACGUGAAGGGCGCCUCUCGCAACCCCCAGGCCAGUCCGGACGCCGCCCGCAUCCGAGUCAAACGCUACCGCCAGAGUAUGAACAAUUUCCAGGGCCUGCGGAGCUUCGGCUGCCGCUUCGGAACGUGCACGGUGCAGAAACUGGCGCACCAGAUCUACCAGUUCACAGACAAGGACAAGGACGGCGUCGCCCCCAGGAGCAAGAUUAGCCCCCAGGGGUACGGCCGCCGGCGUCGGCGCUCCCUGCCCAUGACCGGCCCGAGCCGGACUCUGUUGUUCCCAGAGUCACAGGCACGCGGGGCUCCGGCCUCCCGGGUGCAUCAGGUGCUCGCCAAUCUCUUUAAGAUUUAGGCGCCUGUGGCAGCAGCGAACUGGCGCGCGUAUGCAUCCCGCUGGCUUCCCCCGGGGCGGAGGGCUUCGCAGGGCCAAGCCCCUCAGCGGAUGGAAACCGGGCUGAGACAGCCCUGCAGAGACCAGGAGUCCGGGAGGCACGGUCCAGCGGCGAGCCCUGGCUUUGCAGGAGCCCCUUCUCCUUGGAGCUCCGUUCCCUACGUCCCAAUCCAGCCCAGGGGGGCAGAGGAAUGCGAGGGAGUGUCUGCCAGGCUCACGGAAGGGAGAAACUGAGAAUUAAAUGCUUGAGACCCCCAGGGACAGGGGUCUGAGUCACUGCCGUGCCUUCCCACAAACUGAUUUAUCACGGGGUGUCACCCCACCGGGGCGCAAGCCUCACUAUUACUUGAACUUUCCAAAACCUAGAGAGGAAAAGUGCAAUGCGUGUUAUAUAUACAGAGGUAACUAUCAAUAUUUAAGUUCCUUGCUGUCAAGAUUUUUUUUUUGUAACUUCAAAUAUAGAGAUAUUUUUGUACGUUAUAUAUUGUAUUAAGGGCAUUUUAAAGCAAUUGCAUUGUCCCCCCUCCCCACUUAUUUUAAUACGUGAAUGUCUCAGCGAGGUGUAACGUUGUUUGCUGCGUGGAAUGUGUGAGGGUGUGCGUGAGAGACUGAUUACCUCUUGUGGAAGAAGGAAACAGUGUCUCUGUAUAUUUACAUAAAAUGGGUGAUAUGCGAAAUAGCAAAUAAAUAAACUGUCUCGAUGUUGAUUAA